GAGAUUAUGGCAUCUGAAGCCCACAAUGUUAGAAAACAGAAAGUAUUGCAUAUCGAAGGUCAUCCCAUUGAUCUCCCCAGGAAAAGAAUCUCUUCUUCCACUAAAAAGAUCAUGAAGGAGGGUAAGAAAUCUCCAAAACAGCUGGCUUCAUACACAAACAGAGUAACAGUUGGAAAAACGGUGACAAGUCCCCUCUCUCUUUUCAAAGUAGUAUAUUGUAAAAGAAAAGUUCAUUGCUACACUCCAAAGCCUUGUUACAGAAAGAAGCAGCUCCCUAAAUCUAGGGACUGUGACAUGGCAAAUAAAGAAAAUGAACUGGCUUGUGCAGGGAAUCUGCUAGCAAAACUGCACAAUAGUCGUACGUACUUCCUGAAUUCUAGUGACUCUGGCUCAUCUCAAACAGAAGGCCCCUCAUCCAAAUACAGUGGAUUUUUUUCAGAGGUUUCUCAGGACCAUGAAACUAUGACUCAAGUUCUUUUCAGCAGGCAUCUGAGGCUGAAUGUAGCUUUAACCUUUUGGAGAAGGAGGAGUAUAAAUGAACUGGUCACCUACUUAGUGAGGAUACAGGAUCUUGGAGUAGUAGUAGACUGCCUUCCUGUGCUUACAAAGAGUUUGCAGGAAGAAAAACCAUUUAUUUCAGUUGGCUGCUGUGUAGAUCUUUUGCCUUUAGUGAAAUCUCUGCUUAAAAGCAAAUAUGAAGAAUAUGUGAUAGUUGGUUUAAACUGGCUUCAGGCUGUCAUUAAAAGAUGGUGGUCAGAAUUAUCUGCACAUACAGAAAAGGCAGAGGAUGGAAAUAUUCAUAUUUUAAAACAAGAAUUAAGUGGUUUAUGGGAACAGCAGAAUCAUCUGACUCUGGUUCCAGGAUAUACUGGUAAUAUAGCUAAGGAUAUAAAUGCUUAUUUAUUACAGCUACACUGACACGAUUGGGAAACUGUGCUUAUGUGGUGAAACAAUCCCCUGAGGUAUCCCUGAAAUAUGUACUGUCUGAAAGCCUUUUGAGAAAUACUGGCAGACGAGAACUGAACUGUCAAGUCGUUUAAUAAAACCACUAACAUCCUAACAAUCUACUUCACAUUGAAGUGGAAAAAUGUCUAGUAGGAGCAACUUUUACUUCAGUGAGGUGAAAGUGCACUAUGAAAACUGUAUGCCUUUGCUGCAUUUGGGAUUCACUUAGUUACUAGGUAUUCAUUUAAAUGCUACUGUAUUUUACUACAACAUCCCAUAAAAGAUGAAUUAUCCUGUCAUGAAGCCAAGACAGCUGAACCAGUCACAAGGAACCAACAAAAGCAAUCAGCAUUAAGAGCUUUUAAAUCUUUCUUUCACAAGAGAACUCCGAAAUGCACAACUAUCUUCCAGUUACAUUAAAAAAAAAAACCAAACUUCAGAAUAUUCAGUUACUUCUAUGUUUUA